AUGUCUUCAACAUUGCCAACGCCACGCCCAACCACAGCGACGCCCGCGAUUCAAGAUCCACCACCGCACGAUGACGACCCCGUGAAGACCCAGGCUGAUGCUGUGCUUACCACAACUUCGCCUUGCAGUCCUGGCUCGAUUCCCACGCUACCCUUAGUGGCAUCAACUGCUUCCCCGCUCCCCUCGCUAAAUCAAUUGGACCCCCUCACGGAGACCACCACAUCUCCUAAGGCCUCGCCAGCGGUCUUGAUCAACCCCCCCGGAGGUGUUCCCACUGGGGGCCUACCAGUUCCUGUCAAUCCCGAUGUGCGACAGGUAUCACUCACGCCAUCGAUAUGGGCUGUUGAAAGCCCCACGAAUUUUCAGGUAACUAAGAAGACUGUCGAAAAAAAGACCAUUGACAAUAGCGACGUGCCGGAUAUGUAUCGCGCGGCAUUGGAUCUGUUGUGUAAGAGAACACGAGGCACAGACCAGGCAGCGUUGGAGGUGCAAUCUCAGCCUACACCUCCAUUCAAGAUCUUGCCCAAAAGCAAGCUGCGUGUCCAUACGUGGCUUAGCAAGGAUCCCAAUAUGCGCCUGUUUCAAUGUGCUGCUGAGGCACCGUGGCACCGAGCGGAUAUCUUUCGCCUGGACAACGCGGCACUUAUCAAAAAAGGUCCCAGCAAAGAGGAAGCGCACACCCAGUAUGUGCGCGAGAUCCUUGGGGUCUUCUGUCACAGCUCAGCAACCAAGAUCAAUCAGAGUGUGAAGUAUGUCCUCGCUGCUGUUGCGUACUGUAAGAUGGAGACCGUCGAGAUUCAACCGCCGCAGGUCAAUUUGGAAAUCUGUCCCGACGUCCAAAUCGCCAAUGGGCUCAAGGCUGCCCACCAUUAUCAUCAACUUCAGUUAUGCACCGGCAAUUCAACUGUACAAGAAUGUGUUAUUGCGAUGUGGGAAUUGGUGCAUAAGAUAUAUGGAUUGUUGGAGGCUAUUGCUAGUUUGCGAGCUCGGUUUCGACAUGUUGAACAGCUUUUCCACGCCCCUGAACAGCAACACAAACAACUCGAUGCAGCAUAUGAUAAACUCACCAAGUCAGCCGGUGCAGGGCAAAUUCCAACAGUUCCAUUCGGCUUGCUGGUUGCGUUUCUCACCUCGGGCGUCAAGGGACUUCUAUUGUUUCCUCACGAUCCCAAACGAUUUGGCCUUUGCAAGCUUGCACAUUUCCUUGUCCUAGUCAGCCGGAUCCACGGGGAUCGUCCUAUUGAAGAGCCGUUUUGGAAACACACGCAGGCGCUCUUGCUCAAGCUCAUUCGUGAAGCUCUUUUCCCCGAAGGAUUUGAUUCAGCAAGUGGGUUGACAAAUGAUGGGGUGAAUGAAGCCUCCAUUCAGGAUCAAUGGCAUCCCAAAGAGUGUUCAAAACUCCUGCUUGCUCAAGCCAUUCAAAGAGACUUGGCUGCCUUCUGUCAGAUGAGGCCUGUGCUGACGGGUGCCCCAUACCCUGAUAACCCGUAUGACCUGCCAUUCCAUCCAGUUUCCACAGGUAAUCAAACUACAGUGCCUCAAGCAGAUAUGUACCUCAAGCCAAAACCUUGUAGCUACUGCUUGUUAGCCAGUUGUCCUUUAUAUGCCAACCACACCUGUCACUUGAAAAUCCUGAUGUACUCAAAAUGUCCAUGCCUAAGUCCUCCUUUGAGUACCUCAGAAAUAUACAAAAUGAAUUUACAAGUGUUGUUACAUGUAACAUGUAACACAAAAUUUUUUGCCCCACUUUGGGCUCUGAUACCUUGCCAACUUUUACACCUUUUCCGCCAACAUCAACCACUUACCACUACACCAUCACACCAUUGCCACACUAUGCCCCUCACUCUGGGAUCACAUGCUACUGCCCUCGGACCUCUACAUGUUUUGUGUUCAUGUCCCCAGCUGGGUUGUUCCCAAAAGAUGAUUGAGUACAUGGGCAAUGUGCACCGGGGCCAAUUGUUCAGUCGAACAAGGUAUCCAAAGCACCUUGCAGAUAUCAACAGACUAGUGGACACCAUGACACCACUUCCUAGCCCUAGUGACCAUCCUGCACCUCAAAGUCAACAAUCCAUGUUGUUGCAGCCUUUGAUAGGUGGCCCUUCAAAUACCCCUGUUGCAUCAACCAGCCGUGCGGUAUUGCCGCCUGUGCUGCCUCCGAUUGGGGCUGCUACACCUAUGCGCAGCAACAAACAAGCUAGAGAUACCGAAGAUGACGAAGUUGUGUCAGCUCCUCACCACCCAAAAGCUCCACGGCUAGAUCUCGGUCACACACAAACCACCACUUCCAUCCCACGUCGAUUUUUGCAAGACCCGCUCUGCAUGCGUGAAAUGUUUGAAGUCGCAAAGGAACACCUGUUCCAUAACGUCGGGGUCAAAGCUUGUAACAAAAGCCUUGCCAAAGCUAGAGAGAGUGUCAAGGAACAAAAGCUCACACAAGAUCCAACAACCAGGAACAAAGUUUGGAAAGAGAUUCCUCUAGGCCUUCCAACCCUUCUGAAGACACUCAAACUGGAACCAUCUGUACAAUCAAAAACAUGUUGCCCAUUCUGCUGUGCUUUGUCUUCCAUUCAAGAACCUUUACCCCUCAAUGCAUCACCAGUUCCACUCUGUGAUGUCCCACGAUUUACUACAAAAGCGAACUGUUCAGAAACCCAUGCGCCUCUUCUUUUAUCAGUUGCUACGUUCUUGGCUUGGAAAGAUGCUUCAGUAUCACUACUUUGGAAAAGGCAUUGA